AUGGUUUUAAAGUUCAUUAAGAAAAUGAUUUUCCCCUCCAUGACUGUGCUUGGCAUUCUGGGGAAUAUGUCUGUUUCGGUGAAUUACAUGUUCAGUUGGUGGGGAGGCCUUGAGAAGAAACCCAUACACCUUAUUCUCAUCCACUUGGCUUUUACAAACAUCAUACUUCUUCUUGCAAAAAGAUUGCCAAAGACAAAAGCAGCUUUUGGUUUCAAAAACUUCCUAGGUGACAUAGGCUGUAAGAUUCUCCUUUACCUGGAGAGGGUAGCCCGUGGCCUCUCCCUCUGCACCAGCAGUCUCCUCACUGUGGUCCAGGCCAUCAUCAUCAGUCCCAGAGCAUCUGGAUGGAGCAGGCUUGGGCCAAAGUCUGCAUGGCACAUCCUUCCAUUCUUCUCAUUCUUUUGGAUACUCAAUGGUUUAAUAUGUGUGAACCUAAUCCAUUCCUCUACAAAUACAAGACUGAAUGUAUCACAGCUUAGGGGUGACGAUACCUAUUGUUAUUUUAUGUUACCAAGUCAGAAAAUAAAAUGGAUUUUUCUCCCUCUCAUGGUACUGAGAGAUACAGUGUGCCAGGGUGCCAUGGGAGGGGCCAGUGGCUACAUGGUGUUUCUUCUCCACAAGCAUCACCAGCAUGUCCUCUACCUUCAGAACUCCAAGCUUCUCUACAGAACUCCCCCUGAGCUGAGAGCUGCUCAAAGUGUCCUCCUUCUGAUGCUCUGUUUUGUUUUCUUCUACUGGUCAGAUUGUGCCUUUUCUCUAAUUUUAAGUAUCUCUUUAUUGGAAAAUUCCUUGAUAAUAAAUAUUCAAGAGUUUCUGACCCUUGGUUAUGCAACUUUUAGCCCCCUUGUGCUGAUUCACAGGGAUGGACUUUUGACUGGAUUUUGUCAUGUGCAGUGA